AUUUUCCUCGUUUUGUUUUUGUUGUUAUUGUUGGUUUUGCAUGCAAUCAAAUACUGAAUUGGAUUUGGAGUGCGUGUGUGUGUGAGCGUGUGAGGAGUGCGCGUGUUUUUGUAACUUUGGUACAAGCGCGCGAAUUUCAAAGCGUUCAAUGUCUAUGUUCGUCUCUGUUUGGACCUCGGCGACAAACGCAAAAUUUAGUUUCAAAUAAGCGCGCACAAAACAAGCACACGAGGAACAAUUCGAAUCGGCUUGUUGAUUGAAAUGCAACACGCGCAACGCAAUACCAAUUCCAACAACAACAAAAACGAACUGUAAUUUAACUAGCAAUUAUCAAAAUUUAUAAGAAGCCAUAAGUACAACAGAAUUAAUUAAUAAUCCAAAAAUCAUUACCAAUCGUUUAACUAGUGCAACCAAUACAACCAAAUCAAAAACUAAAAUUCUAAACGGAAUAUUGUUAAAUUCAUACAAUUUUCAAACCAACAACAGUCAGCGAAAAUAUAAGAAUUAUAAAUUUAAAGCAACACAGCAAUAUCAAGCGUCCAGCAAGUAAUAACAACAAGAAGAGAACAAGAAGGAGAAGUCGAAGCAAAGAUAAAGAAUUUGUUUUUGCGUUGUCCAGUGAAAUAAAAGAGAGGAGAGCGCACGCUGAAGUAGCAGGGAGAGUGAGAGAGAGAGAAGUGCUGAGUGGGAGAGUGAGUGAGCGAGCGAGCGGAACAACUGUAAACGGCUACGAAAAUGUCUGCGACAAUUGUGCAAAAAUCAACUGGAACUGCAAAUAUCGGCAAUGCACACUAUUUCGAAUGCGAUGAAAUAUUCCAAGGGGUUGUCAGUGAUAUGCAGCAACAGCAGCAGCAACAGCAUUCGGAUCACAUCCUGGAUGCCAGCAUGGAUCAGCACGUAAGCGAUAAGGAGCUGCUUCAUCAUCAGCAGCAGCAACAACAGCUACAGCAGCAGCAGCAUCAACAGCUCCUGCAGCAGCAUCAUCGCCUACAUGGACCGUUAACUCGCACCAUCUCACAGCCGGCUCAGCGUCUCAGCCAGUUGGCUCAGCAGCAGCAGCAGCAACAGCAGCACCAGCCGCCGGCAGUCGCAUCACUGGUGACCACCCUCAUUGAGAAUCUGAGCAACAUAUCGUUGCACCGUAAAUUGGAGCGCACACAGUCGGAGCCGUUGCCACCCCAGCAGCCAAUGAAUACAUCGCGUUACAAGACGGAAUUGUGCCGUCCCUAUGAGGAGGCUGGCGAAUGCAAAUACGGCGAAAAAUGUCAAUUCGCCCAUGGCUACCACGAGUUGCGCAAUUUGCAGCGUCAUCCCAAGUACAAGACCGAAUAUUGUCGCACCUUUCACAGCGUUGGCUUCUGUCCUUAUGGGCCACGCUGUCACUUUGUGCACAAUGCGGAUGAAGCGCGUGCGCAGCAGCAACAGCAGCAACAACAACAGCAGCAGCAGCAGCAGCAGGCUGGCAAGACGUUCCAGAAGCCAACGCAACUCUCCAAUGGCAACACCAUUACUAACAACAACAACAACAACACAAACAUUACUCAAUACUUUUUACCGCUAAGUCCGCCGCUGAGCAUGAGCACCGGCUCGGAUCGCGAAUCGCCGACCGGUUCGCUGUCGCUCUCGCCCACAAAUUCGCUAACAAAUUUUCCAUUCCACGAUGCGGCCGCCUAUUUGAGCAUGCCCAAUGCAUGCAACGGCGGCACCAAUGCCAAUGGGCAUGCCUCAUCGGCCUCGUCCACAUCGUCGGCGUGCGGCUUGGCACCGGCCACGCCACCCGAUAGCCCGAAUGCGCCCAUUUCGCCGGUGCAUACGCCGCCGCCGCCGACGUCGCAGUCGGUGCAGCAGUUCGAGCGCAACACUAAUAACAACAACAACAACAACAACAACAACUGCAACAAUAAUAAUAGCAAGGGCAGCAACAACAAACAGCUGCUGCAGAAGAGCAUCAGUUCGCCGCUGCAACACGAGGAGGCGCCACGACUGCCCGUCUUCAAUCGCUUGAGUUCCACAACGGCUCCAGCCACAAUUCUAAUGCAAAAAUCUCAGUCUAUUAAUCGAUAUCCGAUCAUUCCUCAAGAGAACUUCUUGUAAAUUUCAACAUUUCAAAUUCUAAUUUAUCCCACUUCACUCUCCACGCCCCCCCCCCCCCCCCCCCACACACACACAUAUACAGACACACAUGCAUCCCCUCUCCCUUUCUUUAGCCUAUUCUCCUUCUUUGACUUUCUCCCAUUCUCGCUCUUACUCUCAGUCACUUUCUGUUUUGUCUGUCUGUCCUCUCGCAAAUCUAUUGCCCCGACGACAAAAUAUAUAUACAUAUAUAUAUAUAUAUCUAUCCAUAU